UGAAUGACACUCCGAUCUUGAUCGUAUAGCAUGCUGGUAUUUCGAACAUUUUAUUACCACAUGGUUGCAGGAGGCAGCAUAUGGUCUGCGAUUGCUGUCCAAGUGUUCUCCUGUAUCGGGAUGUUCGGGGCGUCGGGAGCAUGGGCAACGUCCUGCCUUUUCACACCAGAAAUGUUUCCAACAAAUUUGAGAAAUUUUGGACUUGGGACUUCUUCUGCCUUUGCUCGACUUGGGGGAAUGUUGGCUCCAUUCGCGAGUCUCCUUGCUGAGCACGUUGAGUGGGCCCCUGGAACCAUCUUCGGUGUGUGCUGUCUACUGGUCACCGUCCUAGUGAACAUCCUGCCAGAGACGAUGGGGAAAGAACUCCCUCAAACCCUGGAUGACGUGGAAGCAUGGCAUAAGAAGACGGACGCCAAGACAGCAGAUGCGAAGAACAUUCGUCCGUAGUGCCUUGGCACUUAGUCUUUUAGACAUAGACUUUUCUGUUCUUCAAAUUCGAGAAACUAAUUAAGUGUGAAUUUAGGUUAACAUUACGUGUUGGAUGUAAGUAAGCUUGAUAUCCUGGUGUAUAUAUGACUGUAGAAGUUGUGACAUGUCUAACA